GUGUGAAUGCUUCAUUCGCCUCACAAACAACCACAGAACCACAAGUGCGGUGCAAACUUUCUCCAGGAGGACAGCAAGAAGUCUCUGGUUUUUAAAUGGUUAAUCUCCGCAGGUCACUACCAGCCACCGAGACCAACAGAGUCAGUGAGUGCUCUCUAACCACAGUCUAUGCAGUAAUAUUUAAGGCUGCAAGCAGUAUUUACAACAGAGGGCACAAGAUCUAUCUGAAAAAAAAAGGAGGGACUAUGGCAUCAAACAGCCUCUUCAGCACAGUGACACCAUGUCAGCAAAACUUCUUUUGGGGUGAGGAAACUGAAGUCCAGAGGGGUUUCUUGAACUGCCCAAGGACACAGCUAUUUAGUGAUACACCUGGGAUUAAUACUGAGGUCCCCUGACUCCUGGUCCAGAGUUCUUUCUACUACACCACAAAGACCAUACAAAUAAAAGUUGAUGAUAAUUAAC